CAUCUUUGCCAUUCUACCAUUCCUUCUAACCUCAUUCGCUCGACUUGAGCAGCAGAUCGCUCCUAUUGGCAGCAUCUGGAGGUAGCAUGGUCAGUCGCACAGAGAUUCUUGCGACGCCCGAAACCACGUCCUCUGCGCCUGCCUCCACCGGACUCUUAGCGCCACCUCCCCUAUACUCUCCCCUAGUCGCCUCCUCCUCGUCCAAUGCUCUUCAAGUCAAUGGCCAAGGAGCAUUACAAUUCGACAUAGUCCCCAGAGCAGAAGACGCCUCCUUCCAAGUAGGCUAUCAAGGUCUCCAAGGCAGAGGUUUCGAAGCAUGGCUCAGGGGCGAUGUCCUGAUCAAGUGGGCUCACUCAGCUGCUCAGAGAACUGGUAACGAUGGCGGUCUGCAAAAUGACUCACUCCCCUCGGGAUCGACGCAGAGUCCUUUCUCACAAUGCACCAUCGACCUCUUGGCUACAGAGACCGUACGCUUGGCAGAAGUCUCCAUGGUACAUCAGCUACAUCAUUCCUCACUCGUGCUCUGGCGGUCUCCCGAUGCUCCCGCUUCUUCCUCUGACGCAGCGAUCGGAUCUUCUCGACCGCCUGCGACUAUGCCAUUCGAAUUCUUGCUGCCAGAAGAGCUACCUCAUUGCAUCCACUUGCCCAGCGUUAAGCUCGAGUACCACCUGAUUGCCACUCUCCUACCUGCUCCUUGGGCCACAGAGCAAGAGCUGGUAACUACUUCCGUCUUGACCCAUAUCACCAGGUAUACCCCUCCUACUCCCCCACAUCAGCUGCUUCCAACCUCAGUCCCUACUGAGAGCUUCUCCGAGAGCCCAAAAACCUGGCAAAUCGAAGAUCCCACCAAAGUCCACAUCACUCUGGAGACGACUCUGCUUCGUCGGGCGGACCCUAUCAGAAUCAAGAUCAAAGUCCCCCCUCCGGACGAGAAGGCAGUCGAGAAGGGAUUGCGGAUUCGGAGCGUGGAAGCGGAGCUGAUUCGGGUAGUACGAGGAAGACGGGAAAAGCGGAAGCGCCCAGCUCUUACAGGGGGGCCUCAUCGUAGCCUACUCAACUCCAGAGAGAAAGGAAAAGGCAGCUUCAGACAGGCGCAGCCAAGCUCUUCGACCCUGGAAAAUGGCACAACACCCGCUGUGCAUCACAAUGCCACUUCUGAUGGCUGGGAGCCCCAUUCGCAGCUUCUUUACUCUGACGAAGAUGACGAUGUAGACAGCAAUCAGGACUCAAGGGGCCCUUCCAGCCCUCAGUUAACACAGGCCUCCUCGGAGGGCGGAGCAUCAGCGAGUGGGUCUAGCUCCAACCCGCCGGUGCCUAUCGCACCUGCUAGCCCCUCUACCAUAUCAGACGGCUCUUUCACUACUGUUCUUGCUCAUAGCGGCAAGGCUUGCCGAUUCUCUAUGCGGAAGCCACUAGCCCUGAACCUCACUCUAGUGCCUCCAUUUCGCUCCCCUGCUCUUCCUCACCCCUCUCCAGACCACGAUGCACCGCCAUCGGGCCUGUCGCCGCUGACCUCGGGCACUACUGGAGGUGGCGGCGGCUGCGAAAGCGUCACACAACAGACAGCACUCAGCAGCGUCGAAUUUCGAGUCAGGAUCUACGUGAGACUGAGAGGCGGCCAGCCCGGCGAAGCGGUCUGGCGCGAGGGGAGUGACGGCGCAGGAGGUACUCCCGUCGCGCCCACUGCAAGUGGGCCAAAUGUCAAAAGAGAUAUCGUGGUAGAGCAGGAAGUCUUUGUACUACCGAGUCUCGCAGGUAUUGACUCUGAGGGGGAGCUCUCGAGAGGAGAAGAUGUUACGGACAGCAAACUUUCUGUCACGCAGCAGAGCUCUCAAGAGGUCGAAGCAGAGGAAUUCGACGGCUACGAAGACUUUCAAGACGCAAAUGACUCGUUUGUUGAUACACUCGCACAGCUGCCCCGAAUCUCAUUGGAUGGCCCAACCUCACACCCGUCUGAAGCUGUACGUAUGAUCAACGGCAAUCCUGCCUUUGUCACGCAGCGGCGGCCCGACGGUCACGGAGGCGAUGACCAGCCCCCAAAUCUCGAAGAGUCGCAACAUGACCUUCAGAUCUUCCCCGGCCAAGGAGAGCAGGACGCCUUGCUACCUCCUCCACCUCACUCUGCCCACGUUGAAGGCAACGUCCCGAACGCAUUGCGACAUCGCGACGGCGACGCUACUUCUGGCGAUGUUGAAGCACAGCCACCGCCCGCAUGGGCCGAGAGAGACAGCGACGCAGGGAACGAAGGAGGGCCAGUCUUCAUAGAGGGUGUAGGGGUGGGGGAGCUGCGACGUAGAGGACUCGGCGCCAAUGGCGUGGGUCAAAGCGAAGGUGUUACCUUCCGAAGUCGAUCACCGCCUCCAGACUUCGAAGCAACCCUGGGCUAUCCUCACACACGAGGGUCAUUGGACCUGACACGUCAUGCUGGGGUCAGCUCUGGCCAUCGAGAAGCGGAUGAUUCAUCUGCCUCUUCUCCUCUUGCUGGUUCGGUGCCAUCCUUCGACACGCCGCCUACACCGCCGCCCCCUCUGUCUAGUGAUCCGAAUGAUCAAAGUCAGUCAGGUGCUCGCCCUGCAUACCACCAUCAGAGCUCCAGCGCGACUCCCGUCGAGCCGCCUCCGUACGCUCAGCCUCUAUCGACGCUACAAGCCCGAGGAGUAGCUUCUACUGGUGCCUCCGAUUCGCCUCGAAGGCCACACACUCCACCACACUACGUCAGCGUCGAUGAUCCGAACAUCGCCUCAUCGAGAAAAGGCGAGGCUCGCAGCUGUAUCCUCUUCGACACAGGCAGGAUCUUCCUCACAUCCGCACGCUCGGAUCCGUCCGCCCUCGACGCAGGAUACAGGUGCUGCUCUGCCUCCUGCAUACUCGCACCAUCACGAUCAGUUGCAGCGCCAUAA